GUAGCAGAUGGAAGAUUCAAAUAAAAGUUUCAGCUCUCGAUGAAAUGCACACUGUACCACGUUAAGUGAAACGGUCGUAAAGAUCAGCCUCAGAUUUUAAAAAAUGAAAACUGUUUACGCCAUGCUGUUUGUUGCUGUCGCUGUUCUCGUUGGGUCAGUUGCUGCUCAGAUCUGCACGCAUGACGGAGUGGAGUACAAUCAAGGUGACCGGGUACCUGUGGACAGCUGUAACACCUGCAUCUGUGACGGACCCGAGAUCUCUUGUACCAGAAUGCUCUGUCCAGAAUCUUCUUCAGAGGGUUGUUAUCUAAAUGGGGUGCUGUACCCGAGUGGGGAUCCAAUGCCAUCAGAUGACUGCAACUAUUGCUUCUGUGCUGGUAGGCUUCGUGCCUGUACUUUGAUGGGCUGCCCACCAUAUGGUAAUCCCGUAAACCUAGGUCAAGAGUGAGGACGAAGACAACAAUAAACUCGGACCCGCUUUGUUGAAAAGUUUUAGAGUCAGAGGAUAAUGUCAAUUAAUCAACUGAAAUAAAUCAGUGCUAAAAGUUC